GACUACAAUUCCCAUCACGCAUCCAGGGUAGUGGCGCGCUUGUUGUCAGUGAAUGGGCCUGUAGAAGGUGUUGCAGAGACCGGAGUCAGUAUCUGGGAAUUAGGCUAUUAUCGGGACUAGAGGGAUAUGGACUCAGAGUCACAACUGAAUGAACAAAGAACCGCUGUGCUUUUGGAGCUAGACAAUAUCUUGUCCACCACUCGGAAUUUGGUGUGGGAGCUCAGAACUCUGGUAGCUUUGACAGACCGGGAAGGAGGAAAACUGAUCCAGUCUCAGAACAAGGUACCAUCAUGUACCAAGCUUUUUGCUGUCCUUGCCCUUCUGGAUGGAACAUUAUAGAUGGAGGAUAUCUAAAUGUGAAGAUGGGACUUCGCCUCCACGAGUGCUGUGUCAUGGUUACUCCUUCCACAAUCACAGACAGAUGCAUCUGCAGCGAACAGAUUGGCUGUGAGCUCCUUGGACAUCUGGAAGCAAUUGUUUGCUGCAGUGCCCUCUGAAGACAACGUUCCUUUAUUGCAAUAAAAUGGCUGACAGAGAAAACAGCAUGGUUUCCACAGAUGCCUUGCUUCUAAAAGGUUCUGAUCGUGAAACUAUGAUAUCCAGUGAUACAGGAUCGCUCAGUGACUCUGACUCUGAGACCAAUCUGCAGUCAUUCAAUUCUUUGUCACCUCUUAGGGAAUUUGGUGCAGAUUCCUGGUCCUCAGAUGGCUCACUUAAUGUUGGUAUUGAACCACAGUGUGACUACAUGGCUAAUCAUUCUUUAUCUGUUGUUGGAAGCAGACCACCAUCACAAUUGUUUCAGCUGCGGGGAACUAGUUCCAGCUUCUCUUUUCGUACUCAGAAUAUAUUUAGUGGUUUAGAGAAUGUAGUAAAAUUUGAUACAUCUCAUCCCAGGGACACCAACCUUGUUGAUAGUGAAUCUAAGCAUCCACUGAAUCCAGCUCCUUUUCUCAGAAAACUGACAGUGGCAUCUCCUCCAGGAAAUCAGAGCACUAUUUCUGAAAAGAGACCGGUUAUUGGAGAGCCUCCCAGAAGAAAACAAAGUAAUGCUUCAUGUAAAAAAGAAAAGUUUGUCCCAGAUUACCUUUUACAUCCUGAACGCUGGACUAAGUAUAGUCUGGAGGAUGUUCCCGAAACUAGCAGUGAGAAGAAUACAGCUGUGGCAUUUGAGUUCAUGGACAGCUUGAAGAAACAGAGAAAAGAAGAAUCCAAAGUGGACCUGGAUGAAAGCUUGACUUCCUGUUUUACACAGGAAUUUGAUAAUGUUUCUGGUAAAAUCCUAUUCUCCAAACCGUUGAAACCAGCAGGCAGCAAGACAGAUGGUGUAGACAGGACAGAACAUGAAGAUCAUAUUGUGGUCAGAAAGCUGACAAAGAAAAUGGGACUGAGUCCAGAGGAACCUGGACAAGUGGAAUUAGCACACCUUAAUUAUGGUGAAAUGAACGAUGUAGAAGAUACAAAAGCCUGGUGCCAUGAGAAAGGUGUAGAGGAGCCAGUGAGAGAUGGAAAACAAGAGACUACAGGGCAGAAGGUGCAUAAGUCAGUGGUAUUUUGUAGUGGAAGAAGGAGAAACCGAAUGAAUAUUCGAGUGAAACCUGGUAAAGAUGGUGAAGAUGACUAAUGUCGAACUAGUUUGAUCCCAAAGCUGCUGAAGUUUUCAAAUCAAUAAUUUAGCAAUCAUUUUUAGUUGAAUCUAACAUCUACGCCUGCAAUUACUUUGGCUAAAUGCAUUAUGUUUAAUAUUUUACUGUUAAUUACAUUGGGGGAUAACUGUGGAAGAGAUAUUGCGUGUCUUUGGUGUCAAACUCUGACUACAUUGAGGCAAAAAAUGUCAUUAUAUUCUAGAGAGUAGUGAGGUAAAAUGUAUAUCAUUAAUAAAGACUUUUUUUAUCUUUUAAA